CCCGGGUGCACCACUAUGGUGGGACAUCUCCCGCGGCUGCUGAGACCACUGCAUCAGCAGAAGCGGCCAAGCAGGCCCGGUGGCUGAGGCCUGGCCUUCCGGUAGUGAGUCUCCGAACACUGCCGCCUCGGAACGCGAUUCCUCCCUCUCGCUUCCCUUGGGCGCAGACGGCCACCCUGCCGGACGAUGCGCGCCCCUGGCUGCUCCGGAGGCUGAGCCCACAGCUCUGCGCUUCUUCCUCACCCUCACAGCCGCCCCCGAUGGCUUUGCCCGGGGCCGAGGGCUUGGCCGACACGCCAGUGUCCCCGGCCCAGGGAGCCCCCGCCGGCUCCGCGUCCUCGUCGUCCGCCUCCUCCGGCGGCUCGGCCUCUGCGGGCGCGGGGCUGUGGGCCGCGCUCUAUGACUACGACGCGCGCGGCGAGGACGAGCUGAGCCUGCGGCGCGGCCAGCUGGUGGAGGUGCUGUCGCAGGACGCCGCGGUGUCCGGCGAUGAGGGCUGGUGGGCCGGCCAGGUGCAGCGGCGCCUCGGCAUCUUCCCGGCCAACUACGUGGCUCCCUGCCACACGGCUGGGCACCCUGCGCCUCCGCCCGCGCCGCCGCCACCGCGGCCCGGCUCGCCGGUGCACGUAGACUUCGAGCUUCUGGAGCUUAAGGAGCUCAUUGGUGCUGGCGGAUUCGGGCAGGUGUACCGCGCCACCUGGCAGGGCCAGGAGGUGGCGGUGAAGGCAGCGCGCCGGGACCCGGAGCAGGACGCGGCGGCAGCGGCCGAGAGCGUGCGGCGGGAGGCUAGACUCUUCGCCAUGCUGCGGCACCCCAACAUUAUUGAGUUGCGCGGGGUGUGCCUGCGACAGCCGCACCUCUGCCUGGUGCUGGAGUUCGCCCGCGGGGGAGCGCUCAACCGCGCGCUGGCCGUGGCCAAUGCCGCCCCGGACCCACGCGUGCCCGGCCCGCGCCGCGCGCGCCGCAUCCCCCCGCACGUGCUGGUCAACUGGGCUGUGCAGAUCGCGCGGGGCAUGCUCUACCUGCACGAGGAGGCUUUCGUGCCGAUCCUGCACCGGGACCUCAAGUCCAGCAACAUUUUGCUGUUGGAGAAGAUAGAGCAUGAUGACGUCAGUAACAAGACCUUGAAGAUCACGGAUUUCGGGCUGGCCCGGGAGUGGCACAGGACCACCAGGAUGAGCGCAGCCGGCACCUACGCCUGGAUGGCCCCCGAGGUUAUCAAGUCAUCCUUGUUCUCCAAGGGAAGUGACAUCUGGAGCUAUGGAGUGCUGCUGUGGGAACUGCUCACGGGAGAAGUCCCCUAUCGGGGCAUCGAUGGCCUUGCUGUGGCUUACGGGGUAGCGGUCAAUAAGCUCACUUUGCCAAUUCCGUCCACCUGCCCUGAGCCGUUUGCCAAGCUCAUGAAAGAAUGCUGGGAACAAGACCCUCACAUUCGCCCGUCGUUUGCCUUAAUUCUUGAACAGCUGACUGCCAUUGAAGAGGCGGUGACCACUGAAAUGCCUCAAGAAUCUUUUCAUUCGAUGCAAGAUGACUGGAAAGUGGAAAUUCAACAGAUGUUUGAUGAGUUAAGAACAAAGGAAAAGGAGCUGCGGUCCCGGGAAGAGGAGCUGACCCGAGCGGCGCUGCAGCAGAAGUCCCAGGAGGAGCUGCUGAAGCGGCGCGAGCAGCAGCUGGCUGAGCGGGAGAUCGACGUCCUGGAGCGGGAGCUGAACAUUCUGAUAUUCCAGUUGAACCAGGAGAAGCCCAAGGUGAAGAAGAGGAAGGGCAAGUUUAAGAGAAGCCGUUUAAAGCUCAAAGACGGACAUCGUAUCAGCUUACCUUCAGAUUUCCAGCACAAGAUAACCGUGCAGGCCUCUCCCAACUUGGACAAACGGAGGAGUCUGAACAGCAGCAGUUCCAGCCCCCCGAGCAGCCCCACCAUGCUGCCCCGGCUCCGAGCCAUACAGUUGACUUCAGAUGAAAGCAAUAGAACUUGGGGACGGAACGCAGUCUUUCGGCAAGAAGAAUUUGAAGAUGUAAAAAGGAAUUUCAAGAAAAAAGGUUGUACAUGGGGACCAAAUUCAAUUCAAACAAAAGAAAGAACUGAUCACAAAGAAAGGAUAAGACCUCUCUCGGAUGGCAACAGUCCUUGGUCAACACUCUUAAUAAAAAAUCAGAAAGCCACACCCCUGGCUUCCUUAUUUGUGGAUCAGCCAGGGGCUUGUGAAGAGCCAAAACUUUCCCCUGAUGAGUUAGAACACAGAAAACCAAAGCAAACAAAAUUGCCCAGUCAGGCCUACAUUGAUCUACCUCUUUGGAAAGAUGGUCAGAGAGAGAAUCCUGUGGAAGCCAAAAGCUGGGAGGAAAGAACCUCUGUGAACUCUGCCACGGACUGUCCUCAGGUGACCCCUAUGAACAGUUUGAGUAGAUCCCCCCAGAGAAAGAAAACGGAGUCGGCUCUGUACAGGUGCACCAGGCUGCUGGCUUCGGUUGCUCUGGGACUAGACAUCAGAGAGCUCAAUAAGGCACAGGCUGCGGAAGAACCCUUGCCCAAGGAAGAGAAGAAGAAGCGGGACGGACUUUUCCAGCGGGCCUCCAAGUCACGCAGAAGCACCAGUCCUCCCACGAGGCUGCUGUCCACAAGUGGGGAGGCCAGCAGCCCCCCUUCCCUCCCACUACCAAGUGCCGUGAGCCUUCUCUCCAUUCCUUCUCUCUCCACCAAGUGCCUGCUGGAGAUGGAUGGUGAAGAUCUGUCCAUGGGCAACACACCUAUCACUUGUGACCCUGUGAUGUCGGCUCCAGAGUUUUGUCCUGCUGUUCCAGAAAGUAGACGGGAGCCUGUCCCCAUGCCAACACUGGAGACUGAUCACAGUGAAUCCGAAAGCCUGCCUCCUUCCUUCCUAGAGCAGACACCUGGGAAUGGGCCUUACUGUGCUUCUUCAAAAGAUAGAGCAUCACAUCACAGACAGACCCUGUCUGAUGGAAGCCAGACCUCAAGUAGGUUGCACACUGGUGCAGCUUUUCUCUCAGCCACCCCCGCCUGUGAACUGCCUCUCCACUCCUCCUCCAGUCCUCUCCGUCACCAGCCAGCCGAGAUCUCCUCUGAGAAGCACAGAGCUGUCAGUGUCCUUCCCCGGCCUCGCCCUGCCUCCCUGAGAAGCCCAGCCGGUCGGCCUCAAGCUGCCCCACACAGAGCAAUGCCUCAGCCUGCAAAGGCCACCAGUGGACGGGGCUGUCCGGAACCGAGCCCUGCCCAUUUCCUCGGUGCCAAGGAAAGAACUAAAUUCCACGUGCCUUCAUUACUGGAUGCGGACAUGGAAGGUCAGAGCAGGGACUGCACCGUCCCUCUGUGCAGAAUGAAGAAUAAAACUAGCCAACCAUCUAUCUAUGAACUGGAGAAAGAAUUCCUGUCUUAAAUUAAGUGCCUUGUAUUGGUUAAGCAUUUCUUUCUUUCUGUUCUUUUUUUUUUUUUAAGGUGAACAAAUGAAUAUAAUAUAUCUACCUUUGAAUUGGUUCAUGCUGCCGUGCAUUCAAAAGCUGUGGCCAUGUUACUAAAUUAGUAAUGGACGGGUAACUUCUCCAACAAAAUGAAUCGGAUUGAGAUUCGCCAUUGUAUUUUUUUUUUCUACUGGAUACUUCUCUACUAACUUGAACUACACAAAAGUGUAAAGCAAGAAAUGUGUAUCCUUGAAAAUUAUGCUGGGUAGAAUUAUCUU